UUUAUCUCCAAUCUCUAUAUAAUGGCUCCAACAUCUCCAACCUAAUUCUCAUCCUCAAACACAAACACAUUCAUAUUCCUUUUUCUCAGUUACAGGCAAAAAUAUGAGCGUAGAAAUUCUAGACGGUUCCACAAUAGUCAACUUCGUGGAGGACGAAGAGGCCUUUCACGUAUCAGUGAGCGAUCUGUUUGCUGAACUUGAUACCGACAAGGACGGUCUUCUGUCUUACGGUGAGAUGCUGAAGGAGCUGAAAAGGCUUAGGGUUUUCGAGACUCACUUUGGGAUCGACGUGAAGAUUGAAGCAGACGAGGCUGGUCGUGUUUAUGAUUCUUUGUUCGUGUUCGUCAUGUCGAUCAUGACUUUGAAUGGAGGAGUUGAUCUGAGAGAGUUCGAAGCAGAGACGAAGAAGAUGAUGAUUGCUAUGGCUCAUGGCAUCGGCUUUGUUCCUCUUCAGAUGGUUUCUCGAACCUGAUAGCCUCCUCUUGAAGGCUGUUCAGAGAGAAUCCAUGUUAUCCACUUGCUGC